UUGACACAUUCGGCGUGACACAUUUCGUAGGGUAAAUAAAUUGUGUAAAUCACAUGUUCGGCUAACGAAAUCCCAACCAAAUUCUUAAUGAAUCCCCGGGCCUAAAGGAGUGGCGAACCCAGGGAAAUCGAGCCACAAUGACUGUCAUCAGACGUGUGGCCAUUCCCGUUCGCCAGGCAUCUACUAAAAACUCAAAGAUUGGGCACAGCACAGCCUCUGUGAUUCGGUCGCUGAGAAAACUCACGCCCACGGCAUUCAAGACCCUUCGCCAGGCCAUCGCCAAGGCGGAGCACUUGGGCACCAUGGGUCAGAUGAUACGGCUAAACGAUCGGGAACAGGAGGCCAACAAGGUGAUCAUGGCCGUUAAGAAGAAAGAGAUCUCCAAGGGCAUUCUAGAUCCAACCAAAUUCACGCCGGGCCAGCACAUCUUUAAGACCCUGACCGAGAUACGCAAAUCUCCGAUCUUCAAUUUGAUCAAAAAGAUGCCCAAGGGCGGGGUCCUCCAUGCCCACGAUACGGCGCUCUGCAGCACCGAAUAUCUAAUAAGCCUGACCUAUCGCGAGAAUCUUUGGAUCUGCACGGCGGAUGAGGGCUGCAAGGCCAUUGCUUUUCGAUUUUCCAAGGAGAAACCCACUCAGAAACCCAUGGAGAAAUGUAACUGGGAGCCAAUGGCGGAUUUCCGAGAACGACGGGGUGAAGACAAUGUGACCCAAUACCUCAGGCGAAGGUUCAGCAUGUAUCCCUUCUCCAAGUUCAUAUCGAAUAAUCAAGCCUGGGCACACUUUAUGGGCAUCUUUAUUCUGCUGGAUGGCUUGCUCUGCCACGCCCCCAUUUGGGCGGAGUACUAUUACAACGCCCUCAAGGAGUUCUCCGAAGACGGGGUGCAAUAUCUAGAGCUUCGAUCCCUGCUGCCGCCGCUCUACUGCAUCGAUCGCGAUAUGCUAACCACCCGGGACACGGUGGCCAUCUAUAAAUCUGAACUGGAACGCUUCAAGGCCGACCAUCCAGAUUUUAUUGAUUCUAAGCUGAUAUACGCCCCGCUGAGAGGAGUGGAGCCAAGUGUGGUGGAGCAGUAUGUGAAGACAGCUGUGGAACUUAAUAAAGAAUUUCCGGAUUUUAUGGUGGGCUUUGAUCUGGUGGGUCAGGAGGAGCUGGGUCGACCACUGAUUGACUUCGUGGAGCCUCUGCUGAAAAUGCCCGAGCACAUCAAUUUCUACUUCCACGCUGGCGAGACGAACUGGUUUGGAUCGCCCAUCGAUGAGAACCUGGUGGACGCCAUUCUGAUGGGCACCAAGCGGAUCGGCCAUGGCUUCGCCCUCACCAAGCACCCGAUGAUUAUGCGGCUGGCCAAACUGCUGGACAUCGCCAUCGAGGUGUGCCCCGUGUCGAACCAGGUGCUCCAGCUGGGCGUGGACUAUCGGAACCAUCCGGCGGCUCUGCUUUUGGCCGACAAUGUGCCCAUUGUGAUAUCCUCGGACGAUCCGUCCUUCUGGCGCUGUGCCCCGCUGUCCCACGACUUCUACUUCGCCUUCCUGGGCAUUGCCCCGAUGAAGGCGGACCUGAGGUUCCUCAAAAGCCUGGCCGUAAACUCCAUCCGGUACAGUGCCCUGGUGGGCGAGGAAAGGCAGGCGGGGUACCAAAAGUGGCUGAAAAUGUGGAACCAGUGGAUCGAGGAUGUGGUGGCGAAUAAGUGUGAUUGA